GCAGCACCGAUUUCUUUCCUCUCACUUUAUUAUUUUAACGUUUUUUAUUUCCCUCUUUUUAUGUGUAUAUUUGUUUUAUCCGCGUAAAACAUGGAUAAAAGAAACAGUUGAAACCAACACGGACUGUGUUGUUGACCUGUAUUGUGAAGAGGUGCUUCUUAGUUUGAUAGUUUGACCCAGUUCGGGGUGGGUUGUUUACUCUAUAAUGGAGAGAUGUACCCGGGAUACGGAGGAGGUGAAGAAACAGCAUGAACAGAACUUUCACCUGUGUGAAAUGGAACCGCUGACUCGACUACAGCUCACUCAAAAGGAGUCUGAGGAUGAAAUGGAAGAUGGAGAGACGUUGCCACAGCUCAGUCAGCACUCCUCAAUGUCAGUAUUCGCUCUGGAGGAGUUUGAGUUCCCAGCCAGCCAUUUCAAAGACCUGCCUCUGUUUCCUAAGUGGCGGUUCCCUCUCAGGCUGAUGACUGUUAUAGUAGCUGUGGCUUUUGUGUACACAUUCCUCCGAGAGGUGUUACAGCCCUAUGUGUCGCAAAAUAAAAACGACUUUUAUAAGAUUCCCAUCCUGGUGAUGAAUAAAGUGCUGCCCUGGACCUCCAUAACACUGCUGGCUCUCGUGUAUCUGCCCGGAGUGCUGGCUGCUCUACUGCAAUUACACAGAGGAACCAAGUACAGAUCUUUCCCUGUGUGGCUGGAGAAGUGGAUGAGUGUGAGGAAACAGCUGGGUCUGCUGGCCUUUCUACUGGCCUGUCUGCAUGCCAUUUACAGCCUGAGCUACCCAAUGAGAAGCUCCUACAGGUACAAGCUCCUCAACUGGGCCUACCAGCAGGUGCAACAGAAGAAGGAGAACGCGUGGGUGGAGGAUGAUGUUUGGAGGAUGGAGAUUUACGUCUCCUUAGGAAUUCUUGGACUGGGCAUUCUAGCCUUGGUGGCCGUCUCUUCCCUGCCCUCUGUUGUUAACACUUUAAACUGGAGAGAGUUUCAGUGUGUCCAGAGAACUCUGGGACACGCAGCCCUGUUCGUGUGCACUGCUCAUGCUUUAGUGUACGGCUGGCGGAAGUGGGUGGAAAUGAACCACUAUGUAUGGUACACUCCUCCGUCGUUUAUACUGGCCUCUGUUCUCCCAGCCGUGGUGUUACUGCUCAAGGCUGGACUGACCAUCCCCUGUUUAAACAACAGACUGGAGCACAUUCGACAUGGCUGGGAGAGACCCGGGCGGAGAGGAUUGUCAGACAAAGAUUCACUCUGAUGUUUUUGUCUUGGUGUUGUGGACUUUAUAUUUAAUUCAUAAUUAUAUUUAAUGCAAAAUGUAAAAAUGUUUACUAAAUGUAUUUAAAAUGUUUGGUUCAGUUUAGUUUUUCCACAUCUGA